AUGCCGUGCGACGACCUCACCCACAAUCACGUCUGGCCAACUAGCGGCAAUCUCACAAUCUACCAUUGUGAGAAGUACUGCGGCUACUGCUCAGGACAGAGCAAGGCCGAUGGAAAAUUCGCUCAGACGAGCCACCUGCGUGCGCACGUCAAGACCAAGCACAUCAAGCACUUCAAGGACGUGAAGGUUCUGCCUGGUGUCAUGGGGAAGGACGGCAAGUUUGGCGGUAGAUCUAAGACCGAAUCUCCGUCGCGUCGCUCAAGGAAGAAGAAAGCUCGCCGGGCGAGGCAGCAAUCUCUCGAAGACUCCGAUUCUUCCGACUUCAAGUUCGAAUCUCCAUCAACUGAGCCAAGGACACCACCUCAGGCUUUCACACAUCGCACCAAUGCGAUGACUUUCGGUGGCGGCGAGGAUAUCGUUACGCCUGGCCCUUCUCACUCAUUCGUCCCAGCCUCUGCACCGCCCGUGAUGCAGAGCUCCAGACUGCUGCAAGGUGCAAUCAAUGCCACUAUGCAGUCUUCCUUUGGUCCUCGUCAUGGCCCCCGAGGUAUCCAAGGUCAGUUCGCGCAAAAUCUCGGAAACAACGUCAAUCAAUAUUACCCAGAUCUGUUCACGUCGGGCUUGCCUUCAGCUCCAGCUCAACAUCACCAGCAAAAUUCUAUGCGAGGCUUCGCCCCCUUGUAUCCUCAGCAAGACCACAUGCGCUCUUUACUCAGCGCCCAUACAAGCAACGGAGCGAUAAACUUCCGAGCGCCCAGUUUCAACACGCGCUUCAUUCCCAUGCCCGAGAACCAGUUGGAGGAUCCUUUCGUCGGCCCAAGCAGCUCGCCAGAAGACAUCGACUACCUCCGGACAGUCUUCACGCCUCGUGGGGGGUAUGCGGGUUCCGACAUUGGCGCGCUUCCCGAAUCUCCCCUAGCAAGCCGGAGCCGCAGCUUCGAUGGAUUUCCUACUCAGCAGAAUUUCUCCCCCGUCACCUUCAGAUCGACACGCAGCUUCGGCGACAUGCCGCUCUCCAAUGACUGGGAAGAUCAUCUCACGAAUCCAAUGGACAUGGGAAUCACCGAUGCUAGCAUGCAGAACACUCCCCUUCCCCCGAGGCUAGUAGCAAGGGUUAAUCCGGCCACAGUCUUUCGGACGGGCAUGUUCGAACUCGUUGACGAGAUGAGCGGAACGACUGAGAUUGCCACGUUCCUUCCGCGGCCGGAAGGUGGAUCCAGUUCGGCACAAGACUUCUUCCGUGCGACGCUUCGAGGCUUUUACAAUGCCGCAGUUGUCACGGGGUUCACUGAUGAGGAAGCCACAUCCUUGAUGGCCGCCGAGCUCGAGGCUCUUAGACAAGGUGCUGCGACGACUGCGAUGACUCCGACCGAGGCGGAUGACGAUGAGGAUGAUCCGCUCACCAUCUCUGUACGCGAGUCUGUCGAAGAGGGUUCGCCCUUUGCUUGA